AUGGGCCGCGGCAACUCGGUGGCUGCGCCGCCCGCGCUCGUCGACGGCCUCCUCCUCGCCACGCUCUGCGCCGAGUGCGUCUCGCUCGUGUACAUCCUCGAGCGCGACCUCCUCCUCACGCUGCUGGGCAUGCUGCUCGUCGUCGCCGUCGCCAUCUGUGUCGUCAAGGCCAGCUUUGGCGCCGGCGGCGCAUGGUUCUCUCGCACGUUCCUCGCGCAUCUUGGCGAUCCGCUCAAGAAGCGCACGACGCUCAAAAAGUUCACCGAGCAGUCGUGGCAGCUCGCGAUCCACGUCUCGAUGACAGCGCUCGAGCUCGUCGUCGUCGCCGACAAGACGUGGUGGGCCGACACGCGCUCCAUGUGGAACCCCGAAAGCGUCACGUGCGAUUUCCCGACGCACGACUACUUGACCGAGCUGCUCUACAUGGCGCAGCUGGCGAUCUGGAUCUACACGGCUUUUUCCUGCAAGUUUCUCGAAGAAAUCCGAAAGGACUAUGUCAUUAUGAUGACGCACCACGUCGUCACGAUUGCGCUCGUCUCGUGGAGCUAUGCGCAAGGGUACCUUCCGAUCGGGGUGCUCAUCCUCCUCGUGCACGACGCGUCCGACAUUCCCGUCGAUCUCAUGAAGAUGGCCAACUACUUGAAGCUCGGCGGCGCCCGCGGGUUCUUCGUCACCGAGAUCCUCUUCGCGAUCGUGCUCAGUAUGUGGUUCGUCGUGCGUCUCUACCUCUUCCCGACCAAACUCAUCAACUCGGCGUUCUGGGAAAACCGUGAGGCGUGCAUGGCGUCGCUCACGGACGCCCACGACCUUCGUAUCCUGCGCUUUCCCGGCGUGCCCAUGUGGUUUGGCUUCAACGCGCUCCUCCUCACGCUCCUUGCGCUUCACAUUUGGUGGGGCUUCCUCCUCGUGCGACUCCUCGUGACCGUCAUGACCAAGACGGCGCACGACACGGCCAAGGACGAGUACGAAGGCACGUCGUCCGACGAUGACGACGCCAAGGACAAAACCGACUAG